AUGGCUUCUAGCAGGCUUGCUCUUCCGGUGGCUCUCCUGCUGUGCGGAUUUCUGGUGAUUGGAUCCAUACACAGCACGGGGGCAGCGGAAGGCAAGAUUUGUCCAUUGUUCUGCAUGGUUGGGAGGAAGUACAUGACAUGCCCGUCGACAGGCUGCAAGCAGCUGGAGCCAGCGUGCAACUGCUGCCUCGCCGGCGAGAAAGGCUGCGUCAUCUACUUCAGCAACGGCAACGUGACGAGAUGCCCUAGAGAGUGAUCACAACACUCUUCCUUGUACUUGCAUGAGAAAAUAAGAUUUGUCUUUGAUGCUGAAUAAAAUCG